AUGUUAUUUAAGGGAAAUAGUUCAAGAUUAGAAUUUUUAAUUGAAAAAAUUCAAGCGCAUAAAGAAUUAUCGCCGUCACCGCUUCCAGAUGACAAGUGUACUUUAAGAUCAAGAGAAGGUCUGUUGAGUGGAAUUUACUCAUGGCGUAGCGAAGACGACAGUCUUAAUGGACAGAGAGGUGGUGGGACACCAUCUUCUUGCACAACUUCGACGUCGCUGAGUUUCCCCUCGGAAACUGAGACUGAUGUUGACGUUAAAUUAAAUAGUAUUGACGGCAGCAUCACUUCUGGCCCAUACCCGUGCCAAUUUUGUGAUAAAUCUUUUCCCAGUUUGAGUCAGCUGAAAAAACAUGAACAGACUCAUGGUGAUCAAAUGCCGUAUCGUUGCAGCUGGUGCGCGCGAUUAUUUAAACAUAAACGCAGUAGAGACCGUCACGUAAAAUUGCAUACCGGCGACAGAAGAUAUCGAUGUACUCGAUGUGAAGCUGCGUUUUCUCGAAGCGACCAUUUAAAAAUUCACAUGAAAACUCACGAUAAUCAGAAGCCAUAUCACUGCAGCGAAUGUUCGCGGGGUUACAAUACAGCAGCAGCAUUAACGUCGCACAUGCAGUCACACAAGCGUCCUCACUCAUUACAAUUACAAUUAAAUAAUCAUCUCUACUCAUCCCCUAAAACCGGCGAGACUGAGCGCAAUUCGCUUUGGGCAAGUCGGGGAUCUUCGCCUAGUGUUAGCUCACCGUUACCUUUGUCAUCCUCAAUGCCUAUGCAUAAAUUAACAUCCUAUUCACCAGACUCUUCAGCCAACGAGUCAUCAUCCGCAGUAUCCUUCUUGCGGUCGUCAUUAACACUCGCCUGCAUGUACUGUGCCAAAGAUACGUUUACCAGCAUGGAACAGCUUCAAUUGCACGUUCAAGCUGUCCACGAGCUCAAUAUAAACAACAAUCCGCUAAAUAAUCUAAGCAGUCCAUCAUCAUCGCCAUCAACAGCAACAGCAACGUCAACGUCAAAUAAAAUAGUAGACAAUAAUUACAAGCGUCGUAAAAAAAAAGAAGACUUUAAAGCAAAAGAUGAUCCCACUAAAGUACAUCGCAGUAAUAAUGAUAAAGUUGCUAUUAAUAAUAAUAAUGAUACAUCAGUAUCAGCGUUGAUGUUAACGUGUCCUUUGUGUGGGAUAUCAUGUUCGUCCCCGACAGUCUACGCCGAGCAUUACGUGCUCGAACACUGCGAAAAUCGUAAAGUUGUUGCUGAUAAAAUGACUGAUGACAAAAAAAAUUAUGAAAAAAAAAUGAUGAUGAGUAAUAACUUGACUGCAGACGUUUAUUCCUCAAGUACUUUAUUGUGCGGGCAGUGCGGCGCGGCAUUGAAAGACUUUGAGUCCUUUCGUGUUCACUUGGCGCAUCAUUUGAAAAUAAACAACUACCAGAAGCAAUUAAACGUCAAUUGCCCAAAGUGUGAACUGAAUUUUCACACUCAAGAUGAGAUGAUUAAUCAUCUGACGAAGCACUACUUGAAUGAUAGUAAUAUAAUUAAGCAGCGUUACUGUUGUGAUGGAUGCGAUAGAUAUUAUUUUGACGCGGAGUCGCUUAAAAAGCACACGUUUGAUGAGCAUACGCAGCAAUUGUACAGAUGCGCUGUUUGCAGAGAGACCUUUGAGUCGUCAGUCGCUAUUCAAGUGCAUUUCACUGUUAAACACACACGAGAGUGCACUGUUUAUCAAUGUACUGACUGCAUAAAUAAUCCAGGGCGCGCCAAGAGUAAUGAGACGCGGGACAACAAUGGGGUGGAUUGUUUUUUUAAAACUUGUACGGAACUGAUGAAACACGUGAUUAAUGCUCAUUUAUCGUCCUCGUCAUUAUCCUCGUCGUCAUCGUCAUCAUUGUCCUUGUCAUUGUCGUUAUCGUCUGCGCAAGAACAAGAUCGAAUUACUCAAAUGAGUUGUGGAAUCGCUCAAGACACAACGAGAGUCUGCGGUGAAUUAUUUUUACGAUGCUGUUUUUGUGGUGUACAUUGUAAUACAGAGGGUGAUUUACAACGACACUUGGCAACCCACUCGACGUGCCUUUAUAGAUGCCCGAUUUGUCGUCAAGGUUUUACUGUUGAAUUUUUGCUGGACAAGCACAUUGCUCAGAUACAUAACAAUAAUUCAGCUGCUGCUGCUGCUGCUGUUGAUAGUGUCUCGACUACUGCUGCUGCUGCUGAUACUAUGAUAGAUAGACAUAAUAUUGUUAAUCAUUAUAAAGUACAAGAUGAGAUGAGAUAUAAAAGAAAACAUUCGUCGCCUGAAUUAAUUCAACAAAAUCAAUCAGAUCAUCAUUUUACAAGUGACUCAGAGUUACGCGCGCACAAAAAACUUGCCCACAAAUCAUCAUCAUCAUCAUCGUUAGCAAAAGUAAAUCAAACAAAAUCGCUAUCGCAGCAAAUCUGUAGUUACUGCGGUGAAUCAACGCGUUCACGUGGUGAAUUAGAAGCUCACACAAGAUUGCACCACGCGCCGAAUGAAUUAGCGAAGCGUCGUUUAAAGUGUAACAUUUGCGAUGAAUUAUUUUCGACAAGUGGUAUUUUAGCAGAGCAUAAAUUAGAUAAACAUUGCAAAAUAAAAUUGAGCGACGUGUGCAUCGUCUGCAGAGUCGUGCUACAAAGUGAAACAGAUUUUAUUGAACACGUACAGAAGCAUAGUUUAGAAUCGAUUGAUUCACAUCAACAGAGACACGAUGGUUUACUUUCAGCUCCUAUUUCAGCAACAACUCAAACAGUUUCUCUUCCAACUAGUACUCUUACUCCUAACUCUAACACUAAUACUAAUACUAGUUUUAGUUCUAGCACCAGAAAUAGUUAUGAUAUAGCAAUUAGCGAACGUAAAUUGAAUGUCUGCAACAGAUGUUACGUCAGACAUUUGAACGGUUUGCCCAUUUUAGAUGAAGAUGAAGAUGUUAAUGUGGAUGUUGAUGUUGACGUUGAUGUUAAUAAUGAGUAUGAGGGGCUGGGCAAAGACAAAGAUGAUAAACAAGGAGAAAACAAAGUGGAGGAUAAGGAGGAUGAGAAUAAGAAAGGAGAGAAUGAUAAGAAUAGUGUUUGUAAUGAUAAGAAUAAAAGUAGUGCUGGCGUCCGUCCAUAUAACUGUCCUCAAUGUACCCUCUUGUUUGCUUUUAAAGUUGAAUUGGAGCAUCACCUUAAUGCUGUACAUAUGAAUAAAAAUAUGUCUUGUAUGGUUAAUGCUACACCGAGGGAGAAUAAAUUUACUAAAGUAGUUGGGAAUUAUCCUGAUGUUAAUGUGAAGGACAAUGUGAGCGAACAAGAGGGUAAGGUUGUUGUAAAAGAAGAAGUUGUUAAUAAUGAGCCGACUAAUGAUUUUAAAAAGUAA